AUGGAACCUAUCUGAUCCUGUGUAUCAAUCUCCACUAGAUAUUCAGGUAUUUGUAUCUCUUUAUUCUGCUUCUUUCCUAAUAAUUUACCUUCCCAUAAUCGUCGUGCACAUCGAUUCAGUUUCACAACUCGACCAUAUCAUAUCAUAUCACCAUUGUCAAAAUGAGUCCCUCUCUUGCUGAUCCUCGCCCAAGCUAUCGAAUUGCUUCAAUACCAGCAGAUGGAAUUGGCCCUGAAGUAAUCGACGCCGGUGUCACCGUGUUGAAGAAGUUUGCCGAGACAUUAAACACUUUUGACCUGGAUUUCACGAACUUCGACUGGAGCAGCGACACUUACAAAGCUACGGGGAAAUACAUGCCAGACGAUGCCCUGACAACGUUAAAAACGUUUGAUGCUAUUCUCUUCGGUGCUGUUGGUGCCCCAGACGUCCCAGACCACAUCUCCCUAUGGCAACUCCGCCUCGCAAUCUGCCAACCCCUCCAACAAUACGCGAACGUGCGUCCCACCAAGGUCUUCCGAGGCACUCAAUCGCCUCUUCGAAACUGCAAGAAUGGCGAGCUGGACUGGGUGAUAAUCCGCGAGAAUAGCGAAGGGGAAUAUGCCGGUCACGGCGGCCGCUCUCAUCGCGGUGAACCAUGGGAGACUGCUACUGAAGUCUCGAUUUUCACACGCCACGCUGUGGAGAGAAUAAUGCGAUUUGCAUUCGAAACAGCCAAGAACAGGCCGAAGAAGCAUAUCACUGUGGUUACAAAGAGUAAUGCGCAGAGGAAUGGCAUGGUCAUGUGGGACGAAGUCGCAUCAGAUGUGGCAAAGGACUUUCCAGAUGUGCUGGUUGAUAAGAUGUUGGUGGAUGCAAUGACUACGAGGAUGGUACUAAAGCCGGAGACGCUUGAUACCAUUGUUGCUACAAACUUGCACGCGGAUAUUCUUUCGGAUCUUGCUGCGGCGUUGGCUGGUUCCAUUGGCAUCGCACCCACCAGCAAUCUCGAUCCCACACGAAAGAACCCUUCCAUGUUCGAGCCUAUCCAUGGCUCUGCGUUCGAUAUCACUGGAAUGGGAAUCGCAAAUCCAGUUGCGACAUUCUGGACUGCUUGCGAGAUGUUGACCUGGCUAGGCGAGAAGGAGGCAGCAGAUCAACUCCUCGAUAUCGUCGAAGCCGUUUGCGAAAAGGGAAUCAUGACUAAAGAUCUCGGAGGGACGGCGACCACGGCCGAGGUGACAAAUGCUGUGUGCGAAGAAAUUCAGAAUAGAUUAGGGAAGACAAAGGCUGAGCAUCUCGAAGGGUCGAACUAAGAUUAUUUUAUUCAUAGAUUCUUGAUCAGGGUAUUAGGUUUAUUGUCAGGAAGCCUGCAGAGUUCAAAGUACCAUGAGAAGGUAUACGCAAAUGAAAAAAUAUG